CAUUUUUGCAUCUUUAAAUUUUGCAGAAAUACAUAAAAAUUUGCAGUGUAUCGUAUAACACGCAUAAUAUUUAAUAUAUUAUGUAAAUAAGUUUUAUAGUAUUGGUAAUACUAAUAAAUUUUAUAGUACAUACUUGGAAUUGACGAUUUAAGUGAUGGAUGGACUGCAGAUUUCUAUGCAUUUAUUCGAAAUUAAAAGAUAAAAUAUUCAUAAUAAUGUAGAUAUUAUAAUAUUUGGUAAGUGGAACGAAUCUCUAUCUCGGUUCCAUUUCUUUAUUUUUUUCCAUAAAGACAUGAAUUUGUAUAAAUAUCCGCAGCCUAGCUAUAGAUAACACAAUUGAAAAGAAUUUUUUAAUGUGAAAUUUAUCUAUGAAUAUACCGAAUCUUCGAGAUUAAACUGUACCAAUGAAUAUAAGAUGGAGUAAUAUGUACUAAGAUAUACCCAAUUAAGUUUUUAAUUAUAAUAAGUACAAUAUCAUAAUAUACUCAUUUUUAAUCUUUGCACGCGAUAAUGUCGCUUAUAUUACAUUACUUAUAUAUAUUUUAAUAUAAAAUAGAUAUUCUCACAGAGAAUAUGUAUAUUCUCAUAAAGAAAUAGUAUUAAUUUUGCACGAUUCUUCAUACAUUUAUCUUUGAAAUCUGAUAAAAAUCUUGAUACAUUAUCAAAGACUAGUUUAAGGUAUACAUAUAUCUGAGAUAUAAUAAGCUGCAUCUGUAUUGAUUUCAGUCAAAUCAAAGACCAAAAGUAUUGUGAAAAAUAAACGACUACCUCCUUACCAACUAAUUUUCUUAUCUCUAAAUAAACAUUAAUUCUAAAAAAAUGUUGAUCAGCAUUGUUUUAUGUUGACUACUUAUUUUAAUAUAAAAUGAUUGAAGAAGAGAGUAACCUGACUGUCUCGUCCUAGUGAUAGUGGAAUUUCAAAAUGUUUUAUGUAACAUAUACAUUAUAUACUAGAAAGUUUUUUAUGAUACAGUCGUGGACAAAAAUAGACAUUUUUAUUGCACUUAUAGUAUCCUUAUACUACAUCGAUUAUUAUUUAGUAAUUAAUUGAAAUUAAUAUUUAUAUUUUUGUGUAAAUAAGCUGUAUUUAAUGAAACUUACUUGAUAUUUAUUUUCAUCUAUUUUUAUUCCCAAUCGCAAGUGUUCGAAUACUUCCCAACCGCUGUAUAUUUUUCCUGCGUGAUGUUUAAAUUUCGCGCUACUGCGCAAUGUCCGUAACGUGAAGAAUGGAUUUCGAAUCUGCUCGCUCUAUAUUCAGUGGCUGAAGCGCGGAGUGGGAGUGUGUCAGUUCUAGAUGCUGUGAUGGAUGAAGUUUCGUCAAACGACCUGGGAAGUAGGGAAAGUGGUGGGACAUUAACGUGUGCUGGAUGUCUCAAUGCAAUUGAUGAAGAUGAAUUUAUACAGGCACUAAAUCAAGAAUGGCAUAUCGAUUGCUUUCGGUGUUCAGCAUGUGAUAUUGGUCUAUCCACAUGGUACUUUGAGAAAGAUGGCUUAUUGUUCUGUAAGGAUGAUUAUGGGGCUGCCUAUGGUGAAGCUUGUCAAGGUUGUGGCCAAAUCAUUACGGGUCCUGUCAUGUUGGCAGGAGAUCACAAAUUUCACCCAGAAUGCUUUGCGUGCAACUCCUGUGGAGCCUUCAUUGGAGAUGGAGAGAGUUAUGCACUAGUUGAGAGAUCCAAGUUAUAUUGUGGGAGUUGUUACAAGAGACAGAUGCAACCAAUCAAUAGGACAGCUAAUUGUCCCUUCUCGAGAAAACCACAUAGCAUCAGAUUAGUUGAGAUACCUCCAAAUUCUUCUGAUCCUGAGAAACAGAGAGGAAUUAAAUUGACAUUAGACACAACUCCGAAUCCCCGAAAUUGUGGUGCUUUACUUCGCAUAUCUGAGUUAAUGAGAAAUGUUCGUGGAAAAAUCAGUAAGCUGCUGGCCUCUGUGAUGGAGGUUCUAUUUAGACUAUGCUGCCACUUCUCUAAUCAUAGACUGAAUAUGUCCAGUGAUCUCAUAUCUUUGCACAUUGGUGACCGCAUACUCGAAAUAAAUGGCACUCCGGUUAAGGAUCAGCCUAUAGAGAGCAUUGAAAAUCUAAUACAACAUUCCGACACAGUUUUACAGUUAACCAUUGAGCACGAUCCGGACGCAGUGUCUCGACGACCCGCAUAUUCAUCGCCGACCGCAGCGAUGUUGACAUCGAUUGCAAGUCCUAGAACAAGUCCCGAAAAUAAAGAACGUCUAUUUAAACGCCGAGAUGAAGGAUAUAUCAGUGGGACACGAAGCAGACAAUUGCGGAGGACCAGGGAUCCUAUGCACAAAGAGCGUAGUAGCUCCAUGUCGCGACUGCUUGACGGAUCUUCGCCCACAAAUCCUACAUGUGACUUAAGCAGAACUAGAUCGUUUCGUGUCGAACCAAAGAAUCAAAGAAUAUUUCGCGCCAGUGAUCUAGUAAAGGGUGAACUGCUAGGUACAGGAUUUUUUGGGCAAGUGUUCAAAGUCACACACAGAGAUACCAACGAAGUGAUGGUGCUAAAAGAGUUGUACAGAGUAGACGAAGAAGCUCAAAAGAACUUUUUAAAAGAGGUUGCUGUGUUACGUUCGUUACAUCAUAACAAUGUUCUCCGAUUCAUUGGUGUUUUGUACAAAGAUAAAAAGCUCCAUUUGGUCACCGAGUACAUAGCGGGUGGAACUCUGAGAGCUCUGCUUCAUGAUACGAACGAAAUCUUACCGUGGGAGCAACGGACGUCGUUUGCUAAAGACAUAGCCGCUGGCAUGGCUUACUUACAUUCCAUGAAUAUCAUUCACCGAGAUUUGAACUCGCACAAUUGUCUCGUACGCGAGGAUAAGACUGUAGUCGUGGCCGAUUUCGGCCUAGCCAGGAUAAUACAGAAUGGCAAUUCCCCCCACAGUCGCAAAUACAGCAGACAUUCCGACGGAGAGGUGAAAACAUCAAAGAAAGAGCGAAAGAAAAGAUACACAGUAGUCGGGAAUCCGUAUUGGAUGGCGCCUGAAAUGAUGAAGGGCAACAAGUAUGACGAAAAAGUUGAUAUAUUCAGCUUUGGUAUUGUAGUUUGUGAAAUCAUUGGCCGGGUUCAAGCCGAUCCCGAUUAUUUACCACGCUCUUCAGAUUUUGGCCUGAACCAAAACGUAUUCAAAGAGAAAUUUUGCUCCAAUUGCCCAGAAAUGUUUUAUAUGAUCGCCUUUCUUUGCUGCGACCUGAAUCCCGACAAGAGGCCACCUUUCGAAGUGAUGCAGUUAUGGUUGAAAGCGUUAGAAAAGCAUUUAUCGGUGGGCGCAGAAUUGCCAUCGCAUUUGGAAUUCGAUGUUAGAAACUACACAGGAUCGAGUACGAGUACGAGCGAGUCCACGACUCCAGAAACACUGACGCCACAAUUGAAGCCUAUUAAAGAAGGUCAAGUACACCAGGAGAAGAAACGAUGCAGCGGUUGUGACGACAGCACGCUGGAACGCGAAGAAACUGUGCCUAGUAGCAAUAUUCUUCAAGUGCCUGACGUGAUAACUCCUCGAGGAAGGUAUACGAGACAAAAUAGUAAAACGAACGAAUCAUCUGGAACCUCUGGUCGUUACUCGAGACAAAACUCGAGGUCUAAGGAAGCUUCCGUCGAUAAACCAGACAUUGUUAUUUCUCCGGACUCUGGUGGAUUCACUGGCUGCUUUCCAAGGCAAACUAUCAAGUCGACCGAAUCGCCUGCUCACUUUUCUAACGAUAAUCAGGAUUCGUACGUGAAAAAUGAAACGGAAUCUAAUUUGAAACGGAUACCUACUAUCGAAAAAAUACGGUAUGUGGGCAGAGCGAGUCCGAGCUCUCUGUCGGAUACUCUUGAAUACAUUAUCGAUAACAAGUACUCGUACAAAGUGAAUAAUAAUUUGAAUUCCAAGUCGGCGGAGAAAUCCAGUGAAUAUAAUUCGAUGAGCGGCGGCCACUCGAGAACGAAGUUGGAGGGCAAGUUCAAAAUGCCGGAUACGAAUUCUGUUAGUUCCUACUUGAGGCAAAUUGGAAAAUCAAUGAACGUCGUAGAGAAGGAAAGUAAAGUUGAUGGUAAGAACAAUAACGAUACGAAGAAGACUGUAGGCGAGACUUCAAAAUCAUCGGCAGGCUCUUAUCUCAGAAGGACAAAGAUUUCUCCCACAAAAGAGACGCCAAAGAAUGCAUUUUCGCCGCAGAAGAACAGUCAAUCCGAAGCUGGUACUUCGUUACAAUCAAAAGUAAGUGUAAGCCCGGGAGAAGUUACCGAAGAUGAGCCAAUCAACGAUAGGGUAACCAGGCAGGAAAGUAAUGUUUCGGAUAUCGGUAGUAUAUUGUCUAGGCAAGGAAGUCUCACAGUAUUAGAUUGUACAGCCAAACACAAAGAUAAGAUGUGUAAAGAUUAUUCGCCUUUUAACACCUUGCAGAAGGAGGAUCUCCGUAAAGAAGGCAGUUUCAGGAAUAAUACUGCGCUUCAUUAUACAGAUAGUCUCUAUUCGAAUUCGAGUCUUUCCAAGAACGAUAAUUUUCUCUCGUACAAUACUCGAAAUGAGACUAAUGUAGAUAACAAAAAAGACUGCACCGCAUCCACCCAAAAUUGUACGAAUUUCGAGUCGAGUAACUCUAAGAAGACAGUAAUUGAAACGGCGCCGAUGUAUGAUGGAAAAUUGCCUAACUCUUUAACCGAGUACACCGAAUGUUAUAAAAAUGUGGAUCUAUGCAGGCAGGAUAGUUUCGGUUCCGACAGCGCAGUCGGUACCAUGAGAAGCAAUUUUUUCGCAGACUUAGAUUUCGUUCAGUUACGAGACGGUAGGCAUACACCGGAUUUGUGCCAUACUCCUGAACGGUGUUGCACUCCUAAUCGGGCUGCGUCGCCGAUAGAGAGCACAGCUUUGUGAAGUUUCCACGCUAACAAAGUAAUCUAUCAUUCGUAAUGAAACGAAUCUUUACUAAUCUCAUUCUCUUACGCUUAAUUGAAGAUCUGGUAAUUUAAGUUGUGUAGUUCUCAUUCUCAUUUUUCUAACGUCAAUAACCUUAAAAAUGAUAUACCAUCAACACGAAGAGAAUCUUUUCCUUUUGUCGACUGUGUUGGAAUAUUGUGUGACAUCGUGUGAAAAAAUAUUAUUAACAACUUGAUGUCCAGUAUUAAUGAAUCUAAUGAUCAGUUAGUAUGAGUUUGAAAUAUAUUGUGGAUGGCACAGUCAUGCCAUCCAGAUGAUCCCUAAAAGGUUCGCAUUCCUGCAAGAUCUUGCCUUGUGGUUCUCAUAAGCGGGAAUUUAUGUAAUUAUAAGACUAACGAAAGCAUUCCAUCCAGAAUUCUUUUCAGAAAUGGUGUUCGUAAACGCACCGAUCGCGUGUUCCGCGAUCAACAAUUUUCAAAAUGUGUUCCCGGAGACAUUAAACAGCAAGUCUGGAUCGUUACAUUUCCAGUUCUUUAUUCUCUGUGGAAAUACGGGAUUAUAUCGAAGAAGUUGUAAGCAUUACUGUAGAGUCAGUUUUGUAGAAUAGAGUGUAAAAAAUGAUAUUCUUUACCGGAUAUAUAUGUACAUCAUACUGUAAAAUAUUAUCCACAUAUAUGAUGGUGGUGUGCAUGUACAGAUUAUUAUCGACAUGUAUAAAAUUUGGGCUCGUCAGUUAUAUCUUUGUUAUUCGCAUAGGAAAUAUAAUUUUAUUUGAUUGAUAUUACAUCUUUUCGCUUCUUAUGUUCUCGAUGUUAUGUUUCAUUUCAAAAUUUUUAUUUAACUUAAAUGAUUCACACGUUACACAUACGCACGCAUACACAUGUUAACAAAGAUAUAAGUGAUGAUAAAAGUAGUAUGAUGUGUAUAAUAUAAAAGAAUGUAAUAUAGUUUUGUAUAUACAUAUUCCAACAUUUCUCAUGUUCAAAACACUGUUUACAGAACAUAUAUUUAACAGUAAAAAGCUUUAUAUUCAUAAUGUAGAGACAAAUCUUCUUUUGAUACUAUUAAAAAAAAGUUGUAUUUCUAUUCUAUUACAUUCUAAUCGUAAACAAAAUGUUCCCUAAUUUAAUCAAAAUAGAGUGAGUGGUAGAGUACAGGAUUUAAAUGACUUACAAUUGAAUUUUAAGUCUUAUUCAAACAAACAAACAAAAAAUACGAUUAAUAGUUUUUAUACAAAUUAAUUAGUAAGAUUUUCACACUUUGUGUUGCAUAUAAAAAUUUGUUCACUUUGUUACCCACGUUUCUUUCCUGUUCAGAUUUUCAUUAACGAUUGGAUAUGCAUUAACAUUGUCUUCUUCCUAUUGGGAAAAAUUUUGAUUUAUUUGAACACUGUUGUUAUUGAAAGCACUUCGAUUCGUUACACCAAAUAAAUGUUUAUUAUCUGUGAUAAAAAGUGUUUUGAAGCUGUCUAUAGUUGAAAAAUUUCAAGUGGGAGUAGACUGAAAAAACGUUACUAAAAUAAUGGAACCCCAAUUCUUACUCUUUAAUGUAUAAGAAGAAAGAAAAAUUACUCGCAGUACUAAACUAAUAAUGUAUUGACGAAAAUAAAAAUGACAAAAAAAAAAGAAUGAAAAUUUUCCAGAUAUUAAUUUCGAUGGACAAUACGAGCAAUAAAUAAUACCAUAUUGUAAAACUUACAUUUCGAAAACGAGUAAUCAUCAUUUAAAAAAAGUGAAUAUGUACGAAAACCGAUUAGAACAAAAGCAAGAGAAAGUAAUGUCCGAUUUAAAUGUUUGAACAGCAGACAAGUAUACAAUGUUUAAACAAAAGAUUUGAUGUAAAUCGUUGAAACAUUCGAGUGAAUUUUUUAAUAAUAAAGUUUUAAAUAGAGAUAUAUUUGUUUAGUUAAAUUCUCUGUUUGACAUUUAAAACGUUUGAAACCAUCUAAGUGUCAAAAUUGCAAUCUUUUAAAUUUUCAAGCUUCCGAACUACUUGAAUCAAAGAUGGUUGGCGUUACAGAGCGAAUGUUUCAAAGUUACGAAUAAUAUCUGCGCAUGUCGAAUAUAUUUAAAGACAUUAGCGUAACAAAUAAUGGUCAACCGAGUAAUCAUGUAUGAGUAAUCGCGUGUAUAAUGUAAAACAGCGAGUAACACUCGUUGUAGAAUGAUUUUCAGCAAACAGUAUUAAUCUCGUUAUCGUUGCUUACUUAUGACUACCGUAGUACACAAGUAGGAAACUUUAUAGACACGCGAAGGGCACAAAGAAAGACUCUGUAAACUUUUGUAAAAAAAAAAGGAACACGAUGGAGAGGGGGAAGAAGAAGAGGAAGAAGAAGACGAACUUUGGAAUGGUAGACACAUUAUUUUUAUAGUCUCUGUAAAUUGUUAUGCUCCUUCUGUUCGACAUAUUUGGGGAACACGAGGAGCAUUCACAAAUCUUAACCCCUUGCAAAUUAUUUUUCUUUACACCAAUAAUCGAGUACACGAUAGGAUCAGAGCAUAUUUCGUAUACUACUUUGUUACGGAAGACGAAAUGAAUCAAACAAAAUCUUCGCGAGGCCUCGUGACAAAUUAAAGGUUAAGCACGAAAUGAUUUCAUUAGAUGGGGAUAGUUUUCGGGGACAAGAUUCUGGAAUAGAAAUUCUCUCUCAUCUAUUUUUUUAACUGGAUUCGUCAGAUCUCUCUGUAUCUUUAAAUGGAAACGCUAUGUUGAUUAUAUAUUCGUCAUACACAGUGGCAUACAAAAAUAUUUGAGCACUUAUAGAACAUAAAAUGUUUUUAUAAAUGUUCGAAUACUUUUGAGCUACUACAUGUUUAAGUUAUAACCUUGAAAUUAUGUUAAGAUUGAAAUUUUUAAUGUUUAUUUAUAUGACGUGAUUGAUCAACAUAGUGUUAACAUAUUUCGUUUCACGGAUCUAUAAUCAUAAUGUACAAUGCAACUUGAGAAUUUCUUUCGAGAAUCUGUUUCCCAAAACUACAAAAUGUGGAGACAGUUGUGUCCAUACAGAUGAAAAGAGCAAUAAAUGUAUGUAUUAAUGUCGAAAAAAAGGACGUAUUUGAAAGAGAAGAAUGGAUAGCGCGCACUUUGUUCUUUAUAUUGCACAAUUUGUUAAAACUCGAACGAUAAUUUUUGCAUGUGGUAAAACCACAUUUCAAUAUCGAUUAUACUAUAUGUCACAUUUUGACACGAUAAAAAAUUCGUCCCGAUGAUUGCUCAAAAUCUUUGAUCGACAGAAGUCGUGAACGAACCGUUUUUUAUAAGUCUUUGGUACUUGUUAGUUGCGACAUUUUCGAACUAUUUUCCGUGCUGAAAUUUAUGCAACUAGGGAACAGACUGUUUUGUUUAACAUUCUAGUAAUACAAAGAAAAAAAGAAAAAAAUAAAUGGUUGAGAAUAAA